CGUUGAAGAGUUCCAAUUCAAUAUGGAGAACAAGAAAGAAAAAAGAAGAUGAAAUUAGUUCGAAAAUGUCAUAAUUCGGCGUUUUUCAUUUAUCAUUUCGAUUCAUUUUAUUAGAUAUUUGUUAGGUAAAAGUUUUCGUGUAGAAUGGCUUUUUCUGCUAGUAACAGUAAUAUAUCCGGCCAGCUGGCCAAUGAUGCUAUGUCCUGGAACAGCCAAUACAACAUGACAAGAAUGAAUAAAAAUGAAAGUCUGCCUGCUGCUGCCAGAAAGGCAAAUGUUGGUGGAAUGCAGAUGCCACUUCCCCAACGCUCAAGAAAAACAGGUUUAUUUGGUGAAGAUAACGAUGACAAUGAAACUAGUUUAUAUUUUAAUCAGACCAUGUUUCGUCCCGACAGGGAGAUGAUGACAUCACAGUCGCCGUCAUCACAGUUGUCAUCAACGGGAGGAGGAGGAGGAGGGGGAGGAGGAGGAGGUGGUUUCAGUGGUAAUUUUUACAAUCCUGCGUUACCGUUACAACAGCGUGCUAUAGGUGGAGGGGGUUUCCCUCGUAAUACUUCUGGUCACAUGACACCAACAAGUUUAAAUCCUAAUUUUCCCAUCGGAAUGCCCCAACAACAGCAUUCUCCUAAUAGUGCUAUUACUGCGAUUGGUCCAAGAAGUGUUCUCGGUCAAAAUGCAGCAAAACAACCAAUGAACAAUUUACGCUUACCAAAUAUAUCUUUACCUUCAAAUUUCGGCAGUACUGGUGGUCAUGGACUACAGAGUUUAAAUAGCUUUGGUUUACAGGGUCGUCCAGAAAAUGUUUAUCUUUCGGAUUUAUCUGAAUUUCCUUCGUUAAGUAACAGAAAUUCUAUCCCAUCCAAUCCGAUGCCUCCACCAAGAAACUAUGUAGGUAUGAUAAGUAAACCUGUACAAGAGGCAGCACCAGAGUUUAAUAUUACACAAGAAGAAUUUCCGGCGUUACCUGGUUCUCAGAUAGCAUCAACAUCAUCUACUGGUGAAUUAUCAAAUAAAUCUCAGUUACCUACGACUGGUUUAUACGACCAGUUAACAGGUAAAGGAGACACAAGCAAAUUUUUAGGUGAAAAAACUCAGCCGUCACAAAUACCAAAACGUGGGAUACAGACGCAUCCUGAUGGUACGAUAUCUAAUAUUCCCCCGGGUAUGGUGACAGAUCAGUUUGGUAUUGUGGGAUUGUUAUCGUUUAUCCGAGCAACAGAAACCAAUCAACAUUUAGUUCCCGCUUUAAUACCUGGGAUAGAUUUAACAACACUUGGUCUUAAUUUAAAUUCUCCUGAAAUUUUGUACAGUACGUUUCAAUCUCCGUGGGCCGAAGCCCCUUGUCGACCUCAAGAUAUAGAUUUUCAUGUUCCAUCUGAAUAUAUAACUAAUAUAUUUAUACGAGAAAAGUUAGCACCAAUCAAAUUAAAUCGUUAUGGUGAAGAUUUGUUGUUUUUUCUCUUCUAUAUGAGCGGUGGUGACGUUCUACAGUUAGCAGCGGCAGCAGAAUUACAUACGAGAGAUUGGCGAUAUCAUAAAGAAGAAAGAACAUGGAUGACCAGGGCUCCAGGGAUGGAAGCCGUCGUCAAAACAAACACUUAUGAACGAGGCACUUAUUAUUUUUUUGAUGCACAAAAAUGGAGGAAAGUAGCGCGGGAGUUUCACUUAGAGUACGACAAGUUAGAGGAACGACCUUCUCUUCCCCCAACCCUUCAUCAUAACCCUAACAACCCAAAUCAACCAAUCGUAGCACACUAGUUUCUCUUCCAGCACCUCCCAAUUUCAACACUCGAUACUUAUAUAUGUCAACAACUUUCUUUUUUAUUGUACUUGACAAGGAGUAGGGUCACCUGUCCAACCUCGUGGGUUUUCUUCAGGUUUUCCGGUUUCCUCCCACUGCUAAAGACACCUACGCGCAAGCGAAUUAUUGAAAUAAAAAAAUUAAACCAUAUGUUAGUCCUGAAAUGACCUAGUUUGUGUCGAGUGGACAUUAAACCCCAUUUCUCUCUCUCUCUCUCUCUCUCUCUCUCUCUCUGCAAGGUAAAAAUCUUUUGACUAUUACAAAUUAUGGUUGAAUAGAUAAUUCAAAUAUUGGGAUAUAACAGAUUUUACUUUAAAGGAUCUGCUUGCUCUGUUGUUCGUGCUUUUCUCAUCACUAAUGGAUCAAAACAAAUCAACAAUUAACUGUUGAAAGAGGUCUGUGCCUUCACUGAUCUUAUAAACCUGUAACGGUAAAUCUCUUUGAUCUUUGGGGUAUAUUCUAUGCCCGGAAUAACUUGCGGUCUGAAAGUCGGGGGAGGUUAUGGAUACAUACAGGGAAAUUUGGGGUUAUUCUUAUGAAAGUUUUUCUUUCAUCUUGCGUACAUGUAAACAGAUGGUUUAUAAGCAAGAUAAAGUCCUCGACUUCGGUUAUGCCGGGGAAGAAAGACUUCAGAAAAAACCCUCGACAGAAAAAACUCGGAUUUUCUUUCUCUCGGGUUAUUCUCUUCAGUCUUUCUUUCCCCAGCAUAAUCGAAGUCGAGGACUGUAUCCUACACUUAAAGCAUGGUAAUUCCUCGAAUACAAGAUAUUAGUUUUUGAGUUUUUUUCUUAUGUUCUUUCAAAUUGAAAAGCUAAAAUUAUGUUGGAUAUUUUCUUGGUGACACCCCUCCCCCUCUCCACCCAAGUCACCAGAAAUAUUUAACUUUUAUAUUCCUAGCAUAUUGUUUUGUUAUAUUUUCUAAUUUUCAACUAGAAAUAUUGUUGUGUUUCACUACAUGCUUCACUAUUCUGGGGUUUUCCAAUCUUUUUGUAUGAAUAAUGAAUAUGGUAUAUUUAUAUAUAAAUUUUCCGGUCUUUUUAAAAAAAGGGGGGUUGGAUGGCCAAAUGGUUAGCAUGUGCGCACUGUAUCAUAAGGUCUGUCAUUGAGUCAUCUGAUGUGGUUUCGAAUCCCCGGUUGUACGUGACAAGCAGUGGGGUCACCUGUCCAACCUCGUGGGUUUUCUCCGGGUCCUCCAGUUUCCUUACACUGCUACAGAUCCCUACGCACAAAAAAAAUGAUUGAAAUAAAAUUUGAACAUGUUAAUCGCGAAAUGACCUAGUUUGUGUUGAGUGGAUGUUAAACCCCAUCUAUCUUUCUCUCUCUGGUCAAGUCAGUUGAACAAUAUCGACUUGAAAAAGGAAAAAAAUAAAAAUUGAAGGAAAGCGAGUUUUAAAUCGGGUAGUGAACUAUAUAUGAUAUAAGAUAAAAACAGAGCCAGAUUAAGACUAUAGGGCUACUAGUACUGUGUAGCCCCUAGAAAGACAGAGUUAUAUGUUCUGUAUCCAGUACCUGCUUUCACAAAGCAUUCUCAGACUUAAGUUAAGAAUUUACUCAACUUUCAAUCACUGUUAAUGACAAAUAUCUUUGAUCCAGAAACACAAAACUUUGCACAUAGUUUCUUAUUGAUGUAUUUGGUAAGUUUUAUAAAGGAAUAUAUAUUUUAGUUACAAUAAGAUUAAGUUUGAGUAUAUUCUUAAUUCAAGUCUGAGAAUGCUUUGUAAUUUGUACCCAACGACAACCUUUGUUUUUGCCAUUGUACGUUUACUACAAAUAUAUAUAGGGUAUAUUAAAGUUGUAUUAUGUAAUAGUUCAAAAUUAGAUAAUCAGAAAUUAAUAUAUUGAAAAUUUCAUUCAAAUACUUUAUUCUGAGCGAUGUUAUGUUUGAAUUUUUGACAAGAUGUAGCGUAUAUUUUUUAUUAUAGUAAUAAUGAUACUUGACAAUCAAGACUAAGUUUAUUUUAUCGUUAAAUUAUUAAAUCUCGCAGGUGCUCUAUUCCAUUUAAAUCUCGGCCAUCCGAUGCGUAGAGAGUUGAUUAUAGUCUUAUCAUGUGAAUAAAUGUUUUAACACAUAUCUGCACAAUAGGCAGAUUUAGCUCUUACGUAAUGUGUCUUUAAUUGAACCCCUAUUUUUUAAAUAGAUAAUUUAAAGUAUGGGUACUCAUACCUUGAUUCAGUAUUCACAAAUUAAAUAACUUUUCAGUUAGUCUUUGGAUGCCCACCCAACUGACGAGGACCAUGGGCAUAUUCAUGGUCGGACGAUUUAGGACGUUUGGAAAAUAGUGUCGGACAUGUCCGAAAUCCCAUCACUGUUCUAAAGCCCAUGCCUUAAUCUGGUUCUGCAUAAAUAUUAGAGUAUAUUUGGUGCAAAUUGAAGAGGAAGUAUUAUAUAUAUUAUGUGUGUAUAUUGAUGAAGACGAACCACUAGAUUACGGCCAAACCAAAUUAAACUAUAGUUCUUUGUGGCCUUGAUAAAUAUAUUAAUGAAUAGCCACUUGAGUCCAGACCCCCACCCCCAUGCUGGAGCAGAGAAUUUUUUUUCCACAUAAAUUCAUGGAAAUAACGCUGUUUUGGCUCAUCACUCCAUUGUAAUCAUGAGCAGAAAUGUUGUAUCAAAGCUGCUGAUUUUAUUAAAUUUGUGGGUAGUUCCCCACAACCUAACACCAAACUUGAUGUCUCCGCCUUGGAUCCCCCCCCACCCCGUCCUCAAAUUCCCGGACACGGCUCUGUGAUAUGGAAUACAAGUUACUCAAAAGUUUACAUCUGGUGACGUUUGGAUGAGGGUUUUCUGGUCGUCAUCAAACAAAGAAUGACACUUGAGUUCCCGUGAACAAUUUCAGUCUUUGGAACUAAAAUUCAUUGAAAAGAUAAAACAAGUAUUUUUCCCCAUGGAACAAAGGUUUAAAUUGGGUUGGCCUAUGUGGUAUUAUAGCAUUGUAAAUAAAGCAUACUUCAUGAUAUAAAACUUAUAUAAUA